CAUGGAAUGUGUGUAAUGGAGUACACAUUCAUUGAUCACUCAAUCACUGGUUCACUGCAUUAGAGUUACAACUAUUGUGUUAUUGUAUUAAUACAUAGCAUAGCAUUGAUUGCUCUCUCAAUGAGAGAGAGAGAGACUUAACGUUCAAAACAAUACUCUUUUGUUGACUUCAUUUAAGUGAAAACACAGAUACAACUGGUUUUACCAUCAAUUGAUGGCUAUUAAGACAUCUUCGCCCAAAUAACACACUUAUAAUUGGUCUCAUAGUUGGUGUCCACCAAAAAACAAAAUAAGUCAUAAGCGAUGGUCAAAUCGGCGCCACUUAAGUCACUUUUACAACAUUUUCUCAACCAUUUCGAGACACUUGAGACCAGACAUCGAUUGGCGAUCGAAACCAGCGAUGAAUCCAUUUGUUUAUAUCGUAAAGAAUUUCAGACACUCAAAGAAUUAACAGAACAACUGAAGACUGAUCCAAAUUGUGGAUCAGAUGAAGGAGAAAAUGAUGUCAAUCGACGUAAAAAUCGCUACAAAGACAUACUUCCUUACGAUCACAGCCGAGUCAUACUUGAAGAAUACCCAGGAGUUCCCGGUUCGGACUACAUGAACGCCAAUUACGUAAAGGGCGCCUCUGGGUCUCCACGAGCUUACAUCGCAAGUCAAGGACCACUGCCUAACACAUUAGUAGACUUCUGGAGAAUGAUGUGGGAAUCGGAUGUGUCGGUCAUUGUGAUGGCCUGUAAUGAGAGAGAGGGAGGAAAGUAUAAAUGCGAGUCCUAUUGGCCCGAAGAUAGCAGUGAACCGCAACAAUACGGAAAUAUUACCGUUCAAUUGGUUAAAUGGCGUCAGGUUUGUCCUGAUUUUCUCGUUCGUACUCUUAAAGUGACUGCCGAUUCAAAAGACCGGACUGUUUGUCAGUUUCAUUACCAGACGUGGCCCGACCACGGAGUGCCUAACUCUGUUCAUCCCAUACUCGAGUUAUGCCGUCUCAUGCGUGACGUACAGAUCUCCGAAACUCGACCCAUACUUAUUCACUGUAGCGCCGGCUGCGGCCGAACCGGUACUCUAUGUAGUAUUGAUUAUGUUUGGGCUCUUCUCAGGACUGGAAAACUCAGAGAAGAUUUUAGUUUAUAUUCAAUAAUACGAGAUAUGAGAAAACAAAGGAUAGCAAUGGUUCAGACAUUAGAGCAGUACAUACUGUGCUAUAAAGCUGUGUCCACACUGUUUGAACAGCAGUUAAAAAUGAUUGAUUCGCACACAUAUGAGAACAUUGAUGGCGAUGGAGAACCACUGAUGAGACUGCAAUUGUUAACUGAUCCUAUAGUUGACGAUUCAUUGAAGUCGACGUCGAAUGAGUCAAACAUCAACACAAAGCCAUCGCCACAGAGAAUGCCAUCCAUUGUUGCCAACAGUAUUCACACAUCAGGUGGUGAUGAAGUGCGACACCAAAGACUGGUAGGAAAGGCAACUGUUAUACGCCGUCCAAGUAUUGCAAAACUAAAAGCCAUAUUUGAAAAUCAAAAUCCAAGUUCAGGUCAGGACAUGACUCCAGUGGUUGUGAGGUCGCGAUCGACCAAUAGUUCAUUGAAUAGAACUCAAAGUAUUAAACAAGAAAAAUCAAGAAAUAGUAGAUCUAUGAUUGAAACCAAUGGUUUGUAUAGUGAUUAUAAUAAUCAAAUGAGACAACAGAAUCAAUUAGAAAUUGAUAAUCAAAAUACAAAUGUUGUCAAUGAUUGUCAUCAAACAAAUUAUAAUGAUUUUAGUUCUGUUAAUGAACUAAACAAAUCAAUGGAUAAUAAUAAUACACAAAUGGUUUCYAAUAAUAAUCAUCAUUACAGUGGACCACAAUUUAUUGAACAAUCAUUUACUAUAUUAAACGAUCAGAAAUUGUUUCAUCAAAAUCAUCAACAAUUGCAACAAGAGAUUCGUCAACACAUCCAACAAAAACAGUUGCAAUCCGUUCAACAAAGUGCUGCUCAACAAAUGCAGACGCAAUUAGUUGCCACUAAUGUCUACCAAAUUGAUCCACAAAUGUCUUCGCAGACACAGAUUCAGCAUCAAAUGACACCAUCGAUGCAAAUGUCACUCAACAAUGGCAACACUCAAUCACUGCCUCCACCACCAAACCAAUCAUUGCCGUCACGACCGCCUAAUCAGCCAUUACCACCUCCUCCGAAGCCUCCGCGCACAUAUCAGUACCAUCAUCUACUCGAUGGAUCAAUUGCUUCACUGCCUAAUACCUCAGAGGGCAGACUCAUUGUUUCUGUAGCCCUUCCCAGACGUCAACCAAAUGAUCUAAAUAUGAAUCAGACAAACAUUUACGAACAAAUCGGUCAAAGAGCACACAUGUCGGACACACUUAUAGUCAAUACUAAUAAUAUCGAUAACUUUAAUAAUUUCAAUCUGAAUCCACACAAUACCAUAAAAGUAUUAAAUGUUUCCAAUAAUAAUAUAUAUGAAUCAGUAUUACCUAAAUAUAGAAGAGGACAACAAUUACCGGUUGAUAAUAAUGGAGUGCCAAAUGUUACACACAAUCAAAACAUACAUUCCUAUUAUGAUAUUAUGAAAUUAAGAAAUCCGGGUCUCAACCAAACCAUACCAUUCUAUGAUAGCAUUUACGGCAGACAUGGUUUUAUGACUGUUCCCAAUUUGCGUCACAUACCUGUGCCUAUUACACAACUUCAUCCAUUUCCACAAUUUAAGCCAAAUUUUGAAUCAAUUUAUGCCAACACUAAUCCAAAUCCAAACUUGAAUUCAAAUGCCAAUCCAAACAUUGUUAAUAAUCAUAACAAUGUUAACAGUAAUAGUAAUAAUAAUCAGAAUAAUGUUAAUCUAAGUAAAACAAAAAGUGAACCAAAUAUUAAGUCAAACACUGAGAGAAUUACAAAUAAUUUAGCGAAUAAUAUUGAAAAACCCGAUAAUAUUAAGAAUUCAAUUAAAAAGAGUAAGAAAAUGGAGAAAAAAGAGAAGAAUACCAAUAAUUUGAAUACUAAGUCAAACCAUAAGAACGAGUCGAUGAAGAAGAAAACAGCUAACAGUACUUCUAAUCUUCCGACGGCAACACAACAGGAGUCAACUUCGGGUACUUUCGGGUCCAAGUUAUCCAAUGCUUUUAGAGGACUCAAAAUAAAAUCGUCGACUAAAAGUAAAUCAAAUACUAAUCUAAAUCACAGCACAUCUACUAAUAAUGUCACCGGCUCACAUACUGUCACCCGACCCCCUCAUUCACAUCGAUUCUCACCUCCCACUCAAUGGACACAAGUUUGA